AUGUGUUGUGUUUACUGCAUUACACUUUGCGGAUUGUAUCACUCCAGCCUAAUUUUUAAAUUUUUACGUUCCAGGUGCCUGUGGUGGUGGUGGUUCUACCAGGACUGGAAGUCCGAUGAAAGGGUUUCGAAAAAUGAGCAGUGGUCAGCAGCAGAACCUGUAGCUGCAGAAGAGGGCUUAGCAGACACAGCAAGCCUGGUGUCCGGCAACAGGAGCAAACCAAGCUCGACAGAGUUAAUUAUGUCCCAGCAACAGCAGGCGUUCUGUUCGCUAGAGGGUGUGGCCUCCACAGCGGAAUACGAGAGGUAG